AUGAAGGUCGCGGUGGUGGUUUCAGUUCUGGCCCUGAGUCAGCCUUUUGUGUCGGCGAGCUCAGAACUCGCGUUCUGUGCUUCAGACAACACUGGAGCUUCCUUCAAAGCGGUCACUGAUACCUUUCAAUCAAAUGGAGCCUGCAUAGUUUCUUGUGCCCAGUACGCUUUCGGUGUGUUACAGGGCAAGAAAUGCUGGUGCACCAAUGUUGCUCCCUCGAAAGGUUCACAGGCUGAAACCUCUGAUUGUGAUGCUUCAUGUCCCGGCUAUCCCGAUGACAGUUGCGGAAGUGCAGGCAAAGGAGUAUUUGCCUACCUGGACAUUGGUGGCCAUGAUGUGACAAGUACCGCUGGUGGUUCAACAUCCUCAACAAGCACAUCGUCGUCCUCAUCCUCAUCCUCAUCCUCGACAUCGUCAACCACAUCGAAUGAAUCCACUACCACUGCCCCUGUCCGGCCUAUUGUCGAAACACAGACCAACUCUGGCGGUCAGGUCAAAACAAUUACCGUCGAAGGUUCAAGAGUGACGGCCGACCCUGGUUCUAGUUCUGGUUCUGGUUCUGCCUCGGAAAAGACCGAUUCUUCUGACAGCUCAAAAUUGAGUGGAGGCUCCAUCGCAGGCAUUGUGAUUGGUGUCAUUGGAGGACUGGCUCUGGUUGGGGCCCUUAUCUUCCUGGUCUUCGUGUACCGGAAACGCGCUCGCGCUGCAAGCCCUAUCCCCAGUCAGGACAUGACCGAUAGAACCAGCAGAGGUUCGAGCUUUAUGGGAGGCUUCUUGCCGCGGGGCAAUGGGGACGGUGUGCCUGGACGCUCGGGCACAACUUUCACCGAUCGUCGCAUGAAGACCAAUACAGUCCUCUACCCGAACGGUGCCCGCGAUAGUAGUAUCUCACUACAAGACAAUGAAGACUACUCACGUCCUGUCCUUCGGCUUACCAACCCCGAUUAA